GGAGUGUUUUCUUUAACGACAAUGCUUUAAAAGGAGAGUAUCACUCUGCUCCAGGUGAAUAACCAGUUAGAGAGAGGAGAGGGAAAACAUUUCUAGAAACAGAAUGCAGCAGAAAAGUGUUAUGGCCUGGCUUGUAAUCCGUUUGCACAUCACAGUAUUCCUUAUUUUCCUGGGAAUGGGAAAUGCCGCUGAGAAGGAGAGCAGCAUGCUGGGAGUUACAGCCCAAGGUACUGUCAUCCUGGGAGGAAUCUUUGCCAUUCAUGAAGAUGUAGAAAAAGAAGACAGAGCCUUUGCACCACACAUCCGUCCAUGCAUCAGGUUGGAUGAAGAAGGUCUGGUGAGGAUGCUGGCUAUGAUCAAUGCUGUAGAGAUGAUGAAUAAAUCCCCGCUGCUCACUGAUGUGAACAUCACUCUGGGCUACCACAUCCUGGACUCCUGCACUGAUGUAAGCAACGCUCUGAGAGCCACAGCACACUUCAUCCAGCAGAGCCACUGCUCCGGGAACACCAGCUGUGGCCCCCGAGUCCUGGCUGUUGUGGGGGCCACUCACUCUGAAGAAUCCAUCGCCACCGCCAGGCAAUUUACCCUAGAGAUGAUUCCUCAGGUCAGUUAUUCAUCCACUGCUGUCACUCUGAGUGAUAAGAGUCGGUUCCCUGCCUUCAUGAGGACUAUUCCUCAUGACAAUCACCAGACUACAGCCAUGGUCAGUCUGCUCAGCAUCUACGGCUGGACCUGGGUGGGAGUAGUAAUCACUGAUGGGAAUUACGGACAAUCAGCUCUUGAGAACUUUAUUUCCGAGGCUUCCAAAAAGGGGAUCUGUGUGGCCUUCAAAUCCAUCAUUCCUCAAUCAGUGAGCAGUCAGGAUGUCGGGUCUGCUAUCACGCAGACCGCAAGUUCCAUCUUUGAGAAUCCUGAGGCACAGGUGAUCGUGGCAUUUGCCAGGUCCACUCACAUGGUGUACCUUUACCAGGAGCUUAAGAACCAGAUGAUGAGAGCAGGAGGGGAACGAAAGUCCAUGAAAAGAGUCUGGGUAGCCAGUGACAGCUGGUCCUCCUCGAGCUCCGUGAAGGAAAACAUAAAUCUGGAAGACGUUGGACAUGUUCUGGGCUUCACCUUCAAAAGUGGAGACCUAUCGUCGUUCAAUGAGUACCUGAGCAGACUGGAGUCGGCUGGACAUGACUAUACAGAGAAUAACACCUUCCUGCAGGAGUUCUACAAACAGCUGAAUGCUAGUGAAGGUUAUGGAGACUCUGAGCUGGGGUCUAAGGCUGUGAAAACCCUCAGAGAAAACACUCAUGCCGACAAUAUCUUCAGUGUGGAGAUGGCUGUGAGCGCCAUCGCUCAAGCUGUGGCGUCUAUCUGCAGGACCAGAGACUGCAAAGCACCCGGCACAGUGCAACCCUGGGAGGUGCUCAAAGCUAUGUGGAUGGAGGAGUUUAAACUGAGAGACGAGAGCUAUAAGUUUGACAACAACGGAGACAUCAACCUGGGCUACGAUGUGACAAUGUGGAGGUCAGACGGAGGGAACAUCAACGUCGAUGAUGUUGUGGCCGAGUAUCACCCGCACAACAACAGCUUCACCUACACCAACCACAGCACCACCCAGCAGCUCAAUGCACUGAAUCACAUCAUCUCAAAAUGCUCCAAAAGCUGCGUCCCUGGAGAGUCCAAGAAAACCACCAAGAGUGAACACACUUGCUGCUACGAGUGUGCCAUCUGUUCUGCAAACUACUACUCUAAUGACACAGAUAUGGCCCAGUGUCUCAGGUGUGACACAAACAAAGAAUGGUCUCUUGAGGGCAGCUCCAGCUGCACCCCUAAAGCCCGACUCUUCUUCUCCUGGCAGGACCCAUUCGCCAUGGUUCUCCUGAGCUUUUCUGCCCUGGGCAUCCUCCUGGCUCUGCUGGUGUCCGCUCUGUUUCUCUAUCAGCGGGAGACUCCUGUUGUGAAGGCCGCCGGGGGGCCACUGAGCCAGGUCAUCCUAUUUUCUCUAGUCAUCAGUGACAUCAGUGCCAUGUUGUUUGUAGGCCGGCCUAACAGUCUCCAAUGUAAGGCUCGGCAGGUGCUCUUUGGCAUCAGCUUCACUCUGUGUGUGUCCUGCAUCCUGGUGAAGACGCUGCACAUUCUGUUCGCCUUCCAGUUGAACCCCGAGCUGCAGGAGGUUAUACGUGGGCUAUACAAGCCGUACAUCAUCGUCUCCAUCUGUGUGAGCUUACAAGCAGCAACCUGUAUCUGCUGGCUGGUCCUAAAAAGCCCAUAUAAUCAAAUCAUUAAUAAUCCCACCACUCUGCUGGAGGACUGUCACGAGGGCUCGUAUUUGGCCUUCGGGGUGAUGUUAGGCUACAUAGCUGUCCUGGCAUUCAUUUGUUUCAUCUGCGCCUUCAAAGGUCGCAAACUGCCACACCUGUACAACGAGGCUAGGUUCAUCACCUUCAGCAUGCUGCUAUACCUCAUCUCCUGGCUGCUGUUUGUUCCCGUCUACAUUACGACUUCAGGAGUCUACCUGCCAGCUGUGGAGAUGGUGGUCAUCCUCAUCUCCAACUAUGGCAUCCUCUGCUGUCAUUUUUUUGCAAAGUGCUACAUAAUUAUCUUUAAGAAGGAACAGAACACAAGCACUGCUUUUAAGAAGAAACUAUAUGAGUACUCUCAAAAAACCAGUGAUGUUUUUUCCGUGUCUGCGGUGACAGACUGCAGGGAAGGGGCUACGUGCCCAAAAGUGUCAAUCACGCAACACUGCUUCAGAAGAAACAACAGCAUAUAAACUGUCCAACCGGGUUGUCAGAAAUGAUUUUAAUUAAUUGUAUUUUUUGCAAGUUUUAUUAUAAAGUUUACAUAUUUAAAUCAUCUGAUGAGGAAUGUGAGAUAGUUGCCAUAAAUUGGGGAAGGAAGGCAGACUAGAAGUAAACACUAAAGGGAACAUCAUAUGGGCUCUUGCAGUGUUUAAAGACUGGUUAAUGGAAAAGAAAAUGAGAACAGACUUGAACAUCGAUCAUUAAAAGAAAAAAGAAAACUGACAGGGUCUGGGGCUGCACUUAAAUGUAAGAUUUAUUGAGACAAAACAGGCCAUCAUUUAUUAAGGCGCCUCAUACACUCCCCAACUAUUUAAAACAAUGGAAACGUUUGAUGAAGAUAACUGUGGUCAGACAGGUUGAACUGUCUCAUGAUGGGUUAAUCAAGUUGUUUGGAAAUCCCCCCCAUACCAAAUUCCAGUGACUGCAGGCAGAAAAAGAGAUCAACAGAAACCUUGAGGAAUGUAAGCAUCAGCCUGCUGCGAGACUCACGCUGUAACAGGAUAUAAGUGAGCUGGCAUUCCACAAUUGUGUAAUCUAUUGUCACUGAUUCUCGGGGAUAUAAUCAUGUGCAACAAUAGGAACAGUACAGCAGAGGUUAAAUGCUUACGGCAGGAGAUUCCAAACUUUUUCAUGAAUCCUUUUUGCAUUUUUUUGCUAUGAUAAAGGUCGUCACUGUUUGUGGAUAGCACAUGGUUAAAAAUACAAUCUAUGGCCACUGACUAUUGAGUCGGUCUGAGGGUGGCUGUUGACUUUUAUUUUUUUAUUUUUACUUAAUUAAAAAAAAUGUAUGUGCCCAAACUUCUCAAAACAUCAUUAUUUUCACUAUUUUUUCUAAGAAGAAGCACCUCAAUCUUAUUUUUGGACCCACAGUUUUUAUAACGUUUGGUGAAAAUCGUAUACAUGUUGGUUAUAUUAAUACAUUCUUACCUGUUUCCUACAUAACAAAGUUAGAAACGCUCAUGGAUAAAUGUCAGUUGCUACAGUAUACACACCUAUCAACAUAAAGAAAGGUCACAGGGAAUGGAUUUAGUGAAGCAGAAUUUGAGAUGAUCACUGUCUGUCUGCAUCUUCCAAACUACUCAGCCAGCACAGCCGGAGCAAACGGCACCAAAGUCAAAGUGAGUGCAGCAGGAGAAGCUAAGCUAAUCAAAAGCUAUUCCACUACCCAGCAUGCCCCUGGUGUAAGGUGCACAGUUGCAGGGAAAUAAGAAGGACGAAAUAUGAUUCACUUUGUGCCCAGAUCUUGUUUUGUUUAUAUCAAUAACUCUUUGUGAAUUUAACAGAGCUUGACCAAGUGUACAUAAGCAGGGGCAGGAACGUUAGCGUUUGGGUGUAGAAAAAACCCACAUUAAAUGACAAAAAUAAUAAAUAGUGUAUUUUAUUUGUUGUAAUUAUUUAUAGUUUGAUGAGAACAUUGCAUAUGCUUUAAUGAACUUAAUUAUAAUUAUACAGUUUUUGUAACAGUUUGUUUUGUUUGUGGACUGCCCUUUAUUUAUGUUUCGUUAUUUAUUGAAAAUAAUUAUAGCAGACUGUUGUGCGCAGGCUCGAGUGUGCAGUCUCGGGUAUAAAUGCCAUUGCCAGCGUGACAAAGUCUGAAUGAAAGUCUGGAAGGGGCACGCAAAAAAGUUUUUGACCGCAUGCAUCCCCACGCCCGUUUUAUUUCUGUUUCUAUCAAUUGACUUUGUGAUGCGUAGAAGUCUCAAGUCGGCAGUGGGACGACAAAGGGCACAUUGAAAACCAAGGAAUAAAGCACUUCAAUGGAA